GGAAGUGACGCCAUUUAAUAAGGACGCGGGUCCACGUGUGUUACAAGCUGCGGGAAGACGUAUAGUUCGCCGCUAAAAUAACGAGAAACGGAAAAGAAAAGAUAAAACUAUGACAAAGAUUAAGAAGGAGAAAGGGGCGACAGAAGAGGAGGCUACAGGGACACCGGAGAAGUCUUACCAAGAGUUGAUCGCCAAUAUUAACCCCAUCGCACAGCCUCUCGCCUCUAGAAAGCUCAGCAAGAAACUCUACAAAUGCGUGAAAAAAGCCUCCAAGGUAAAACGGAUUCGGCGCGGAGUGAAGGAAGUCCAGAAGUUUAUAAACAAAGGAGAGACCGGGAUUGUUGUGCUGGCCGGAGACACGCUGCCCAUUGACGUGUACUGUCACCUGCCAGUCAUGUGUGAAGACCGGAGUCUCCCCUACGCCUACAUCCCGUCUAAAGUGGACCUGGGAUCGUCGGCCGGCUCCAAGCGACCCACCUGCGUGAUCAUGAUCAAACCUCACGAGGAGUACCAGGCUGCUUACGACGAGUGUCUGGAGGAGGUGUCCGCUCUGCCCAAACCACUCUGAGCGCGCUCGUGCAGAGACACGGGACGGGCCUAUAUCCACGGGCUGCGGACCUCUCUCGCUCGCUCUCUCUCGCUCGCUCUCUCUCGCGCUCUCUCUCUCGCUCUCUCUCGCGCUCUCUCUCGCUCUCUCUCUCGCUCUCUCGCUCUCGCUCACGCUGUACAGUUCUCCAGCGUCUCUUCGUAGCGGAUUUCCUGCAUCCCAGCAGAAGAAGUGACCCCGGGCUGAAGGCCUCGAGCUCAGCCGUGAAUGUUUGUGGACAGGAGGAGCCAUUUUAGUCAAACUGCAAAGUGCUUUUCUGAGAUUAACACGAGUAAGGAAGCACUACUUUUUGUUACACAAAUUGUCUUUUCUUCAGAGUCCAUGAGCGUGUAAUGGGAAAACAGGCGUUAGACUGAAAAGCUCUGAGGUGGAAUGUCAUUUAGAUUUUAAAAAAUAAUUUAGUGAUAAUGAUUGGUUUUCCCCUGUUUUGUUUUUUGUUUUUCCUUUCUAUUCUGUCGAUUUGUUUUUGGGAUAGGAGUGUGCAGAUAAAAUGAAUUGCUGUUGACCCAGGAUUAUGUUU